CACGCCUACUCCUAUAACAGCCGCAUAUCCGUUCCUUCUGACUCCUGCUACAGCUCAGCUCCCGUGUUGCGGCUUGUCCGUGGUUAAAAUCUCAAGCAACUGAGCCAACACCAACACUAUGUCAUCAGGAAACGCCAAGAUUGGCAAGCCUGCCCCAGCCUUCAAAGCCACAGCUGUAGUUGAUGGACAGUUCAAGGACAUCCAAUUGUCAGACUACAAAGGGAAGUAUGUCAUCUUUUUCUUCUAUCCUUUGGACUUCACCUUUGUCUGCCCCACCGAAAUUGUGGCUUUCAGCGACAGAGCAGCGGAGUUCCGCAAGAUUGGUUGUGAGGUCAUUGCAGCCUCCACAGACUCACACUUUUGCCACCUGGCCUGGAUUAACACACCAAGGAAAGAUGGAGGUCUGGGUCCCAUGAACAUCCCCCUAGUGGCAGACCUCAACCAGUCGAUCUCCAGAGACUAUGGCGUACUGAAAGAGGAGGAUGGCAUCGCAUACAGGGGUCUGUUUGUGAUUGACGACAAGGGCAUCCUGAGGCAGAUCACAAUCAAUGAUUUGCCUGUAGGUCGCUCAGUGGAUGAGACCCUGCGUCUGGUGCAGGCCUUCCAGCACACUGACAAAUUCGGAGAGGUGUGCCCCGCUGGCUGGAAACCAGGGAGUGAUACUAUUAUUCCUGAUGUCCAGAAGAGCAAAGAGUUCUUCUCAAAGCAGUGAACGUGGCGGUCCUGCAGUUGACAUGCUAGCUGUAGUACUUGCCUUCAAAUGACAAGUUUCCCUAUUCAGGAGUCUCUUCUUGGCGUCCAAUCCCAACCUAGAAAAAAUAUGAGGGCUGUUGAAUACAAAACCCUUUAACAUGACUCAAAUCCUAUGUUUGUAUGACAAGGUACAAGUGGAGUCCUGAGCACUGAAAGUAUUGAUUUUUUUUUUUCAUCAAAAUUGUGACUAUUUUUUACUUUGCAUUCAUGUACCCUUGCAACGUUUCAUUAAAGUGGCGAGGAACAAUGA